CCCAACCCGGAAGCGAAUGGCGGAACUCUGACAGGUCCACCUCACGCUCCACAGAUCGUUGUGUUGUUUCUGUUCCUGGAUGGAGACCGGAGGGCCCGGGGCCGGAUGUGCAGGCGAGGGACGAUGCUGAAGAAACGAUGUCGUCGCGUUUAACGACCUGGAAGAAGCGGAAGGAAACCAGCCGAGCGAGCGAGUGACUGACUGACUGGGGGAUUGAACACCGACGUAUGGCCUCUCUCCUCAGGUAGCAUCUCAGCGCGGGCAUCAUGUUUCUGAAAACUUCGUUCACCACCCUGGUCGUGGGCCUGUUCGUGGUGUACGUGCUCCACACCUGCUGGGUGAUGUACGGGAUCGUGUACACCAAACCCUGCGACAGCCCCAGUGGCGACAACUGCAUCACACCCUUCCUGGCAGAGAACCCGAAACUACAGUUAAGUAUCUACACUGCACUGCGGCCCAAUGCAGAGGGAGGACACACCCUGAUCUACAAGGAAGAGAACUUUGACGUCAACAGCAAGUUUGAAAGGAUAGUAAAUGUCUCUGUCCCUAAGAAGACCCGUAACAAUGGAACGUUAUUUGCACUAAUAUUCGUCCAUCAGGCCGGCAUCACUCCUUGGCAGGACCCUCGGCAGGUCCACCUCGUGGCUCAGCUCACCACGUACAUGAUCCCCAGACCGCCUGAGAUCUCUCUGAUAUCCGGGCAGGAUCAAACACUGGGUCUGAAUGAAGACGGCCAGAUGAACAAACUAGGUGAGGGUAACCAUGCAGCAGGGGGCCGAGCAGGAAGUGGAGCCUCUUCCCCCUCGGAUGACCCGGUUUCCCACUGGCGGACGCGCCUGACACUUAACAUUGUCGGCGACCACUUCAUAUUCGACAGAGAUAACCUGCCGAGUGACGUCCACAGAUACCUCAGAGCAUUCCAAAAUGGUAAGAAGAUGGUGUAUCUACCUCUGCUGUUUGUCGAUGAGCUCAGCAACCGGGUCAAGGACCUUGUGGAGAUCAACAGCACCUCCGCCGAGCUUCCUAUGACCAUCUCUUACGACGCCAUCUCUCUGGGGAGGCUGCGCUUCUGGAUCCACAUGCAGGACGCUGUUUUCUCUCUGCAGCAGUUCGGUUUCACAGAGAAAGAUGCUGAUGAGAUCAAAGGGAUCUUUGUGGACACCAACCUCUACUUCCUGGCUCUGACCUUCUUUGUAGCUGCGUUCCAUCUUCUCUUUGACUUCCUGGCGUUCAAGAAUGACAUCAGCUUCUGGAAGCAGAAAACAAGCAUGGUGGGAAUGUCGAGCAAAGCAGUGCUCUGGAGAUGUUUCAGCACCAUCGUGAUUUUCCUCUAUUUGUUGGACCAGCAGACGAGCCUGCUUGUCCUCAUACCUGCUGGAGUCGGCUCUAUCAUUGAAGUAUGGAAAGUGAAGAAGGCUUUUAAGAUUCAAGUUUUCUGGAAAGGAGGCAAACCAUCAUUCCUGUUUGGCAAAAUGGAUGAAUCUGAGAGGAGAACAGAGGAAUAUGAUACUCUGGCCAUGAAGUAUCUGUCCUACCUCCUGUACCCACUGUGUAUUGGAGGGGCUGUGUAUGCUCUAGUAUACCAACGAUACAAGAGUUGGUACUCGUGGUUGAUCAACAGUCUAGUUAAUGGUGUAUACGCCUUUGGCUUCCUCUUCAUGCUUCCUCAACUUUUCGUCAACUAUAAGCUGAAAUCUGUGGCCCACCUGCCGUGGAAAGCCUUCAUGUACAAGGCUUUCAAUACCUUCAUCGACGAUGUGUUUGCCUUUAUCAUCACCAUGCCAACGUCUCACAGACUGGCAUGCUUCCGAGACGAUGUGGUGUUUCUCAUUUACCUCUACCAGAGAUGGCUCUACCCAGUCGACAAGACAAGAGUCAAUGAAUACGGGAUUUCUUAUGAUGAGAAACCCAAAGAUAAAAAAAAGCCUCACAAGGACUAAAGAGGAAACACAGAUAAUUUUUUUCCAUGAACUGGUACCUGCAGGUUUUAUCUUCUGUCCUCUGCUCUCUCCCGAUCUCAUCUGGUGUCAUCUGAGCUGGUUCAAUGGUCCAGGUGCAAGUGGAGAAACAUGUGUUUUGUGUCGUCAGUUAGUUGUAAAUGGACCAAUCGCCUCAAAACGCUUGAUGGUUCUGACUAUUUUUUCUCCACGCCGUCCAAUAGUGCGAAAGGUUCCAAGGAAAGUUCAACAUCUGCUUAUCUGUCUUUUGCCGUCUGGAGAGGUGUUUUCGUUUCGUUUGUUUUGCAGUGUGUGACAGGUCAGUAACAUCGAUAAGCUCAAUCUAUAACUCAUUUUGAACUGAUGUAUCAAAAGGGAACAUUUUAAAUGCGAAACUGCAAGAGUUAAACAAGGUUCCACUCCUAUUUAGGAUGAAACUGCCCCUUGAGAACCACUGUAAAUAUGAUAUGGAGUCAAACCUAAAACAGCCUGAGCCUGGACUUAUCUGCUUCGAGGAACCAACAACUAAAUACAUCCAGGAGAUUUAACACGAGAGCUGCUGAGUUCAUCAAAGAAGCGUCAUUCAUUCAGACAGCAUUUCAAUGUUAUAUCAAUUAAAUUUGGAUUAAACCACUUUGAACUGUGGACUAAAAUGAGAAAAGGCGUUUUCACAUUAUUAUGAAUAUUAAUAUUCCAUAUGUAUCAAGUCUGAUACAUUCGAGCUGUCAGAAAAAUCCAUUCCCCAUUCAUAAUUACAGCUUGGGUGUUGGAAGUGAAUUCAAUUUACAUGUCAGAACCUGGUAAUUAGUGUGACUGAUAUAACAUGAAAUCAGGAAAAUGAGUGACACUGAAACAUGAAUGGAUUUUUUGUUAAAAAUACCCGAUGUGCUUUUCUAGAUAUUGUAUGAAAUUGUCCUAAAGGGCUUUCAACAAUUUAUUUUCCCCUUAGAAAACAUAGAUAUGUAGAAAUUUCAGAUGUUUUAUCCAGAAUUAUCACAUGAACAAAGCAAACACGUGUUAGCUGAUAAAUUUCAGAAUGACUUUGCGUCACCUACAUUUUAAAGGAAUAAUAUAAAGAAUAUGUUUUAAAAUGACUGAGGCCGAAAUAAAGGGAAAGACACCGAACUUUGAAAACCAUAAAUGCAACACUUAAAUAAUAUACUUUUAAUCUAUGCACGUAAAAGAUGGCUCCAGUAAAAGCAGAUAAGAAGAUUCAUAUUUGUUGCCAUGGCGAUAAGGAUGGAUUCCUGCAAUGUUUUUGGAAUCUUAACUUGCGUUCGAAGCAGAUUAGAGGACGCUGAUUUGUUACCAUGGAGACAGGGAGAAAUUGCCUCAACAUUCCAGAAUCUGCUGAGUUGAACGUGUCUGUGUCUCUUGCUCUGUCCACAUGUUGAAUGGCGCUGGCUUCCUCUGCAUUGUAACACAGGAGGACACCUCUGAGAGCCACGCUGUCCUUUACGUCCAUUCUAGUUUUGUAGUUGCACCUGCUCAAGUAUUUUUCACGUGUCAGGGCCAAGAAAAUCUGAUAGUGCCAAAUGUGAAAUGGAUUCUUUGAACUGCUUUGUACGGUCACCAUAAAUAGACACUCACAUUAUGGUGGGGAACGGGUAAAUGUUCGAGACUUGUGAAAAGUAUUACUACAUCUGGAUUUACACAGUCACAUUUUAAUACUUUCUGCCAUAGUUGAAUUAUCAGAAUAUAUUUUGUCUGUGCUCAGAGAUUCAGUGCAGAUUUUCCUUUUCCUGUGUGAGUGCAUCCAGGAGAGAUGCACCACACAUUUGCCUUGAAAUGAUUUUGCUUAUUGUGAUGUUUGUGUUUUUGAUUGAGAUGUAAUAAAAUAACUGACUGAA